AGACAGCGGUUCUACGAACAAUGACGUCCAAUGUAUUAUUCACAGAGCCAUUUGCAGUACAGUGUAACUUUUCCCAGUCCUGCGCUAAUGAAUCAUCAUACUACUGGAUGCUUGUGGAGGUGAAAGGCUCUAAUAUGACGGAGGGAGAGAUUCAAAUUUGGUUUUCAGAUCUUUUUCAUAAAAGCACCUGCUCUGCUGGAGUUUCAACAACAGGAAUCAAAACUACAUCAUGUCAAACUGACAUAGUCUUUGUGACUGCAGAGGUUAGAUGUGAAGCCAAGCAGAACAUCCAAAGGACAAAUUGCACUGUGGUACUACAGCUGAGCCAACCUGUGAAUACAUGCAUCCUCCGAAGGCUGGUGCAAAACUGGACCAUAAACCCAUCGAUCCAAAUCCAGCUUCUGGGAGAUGUAGAAAGAGUGGGCAAAGGACUGUGCCCAGAUCACAAUAUUACGCCCCCUGGAGGGGGUUUUGUGCACUGCACAUCUCCAAUGUCUUAUGAUGAUGUCUGCAAGACCCAGGGACCUGUCAAUGUCACAUGUUCUUAUAAGGAGAAUGGUUUCAUUCCUAAAGACUUGGUUGCUAAUCAAUCCUGCAACGUUGAGAACCAACAAUAUUGUGAGUGUCACGUGUCUACCAACAAUGAGACAUAUUAUGCUGUUCGUCUAAAUAUUGCAAGCCCAGAUGUGAAUUUCACCUAUGUUCAGAACAUGGUUGUACAACUGAGCACUCCUUGCAACGAAUCCAGAAUGCAAGGGUCUCUGUGUAAUUCUUUUACUGAAGUAUCCCAGUUGUAUCAGGGAAUGCACUUGGAAUCUUAA